AUGGACACAUGUGGGACUGCAGGGGCAUCUGACCCGUUGCUCCUUGGCCUGAAGCUGGUGGUAGCUGGCUUCUCCAUCCACGUGGAGAUUUUAUGGGCACAGGAGAUUGCCAACAAGGUGCGGCAUGUCAAGAAGCAGCUGAAGGACUGCCAGCAGCUGGCCGUGCUCUACAACAACCGCAAGUGCAUCUUCAGCUUGCCUAUCACCAACUAUGACAAGCUCUCCAGGAUGGUGAAGGAGUUCCAACCCUACCUGGACCUUUGGACCACAGCCUCUGACUGGCUGCUCUGGUUGGAGAGCUGGAUAAAUGACCCCCUCUCCACCAUCGAUGCCGAGCAGCUGGAGAAGAAUGUGGUUGAAGCCUUCAAGACCAUGCACCAGUGCGUGAAGCAGUUCAAGGACAUGCCAGCCUACCAGGAAGUGGCCUUGGACAUCCCAGCCGGCAUUGAGGAGUUCAAACCAUACAUCCUGCUGAUCUAUGGGCUGCGCAAUGCUGGCAUGUGGAACCGGCACUGGGAGACACUGUCCAACCAGAUCAAUGUCAGGCCCAAGGCCAACCUGACCUUUGCUCGCUGCCUCAAGAUGAAUCUGCAGGACCAUAUCGAGAGCAUCAGCAAGGUGGCCGAGGUGGCUGGCAAGGAGUAUAUCAUCAAGCAGGCACUGGACGAGAUGGAGAAGGAGUGGUCGACCAUCCUGUUCAAUGCACUGCCCUACAAAGCGACAGACACCUACAUCCUGAAGAGCCCGGAUGAGGCCUCGUAGCUGCUGGGUGACCACAUCAUCAUGACCCAGAGCAUGUCAUUUUCACCCUACAAGAAGCCCUUUGAGCAGCACAUCAACUCCUGGGAGAACAAACUGAAGCUAACCCAGGAGGUUCUGGAGGAGUGGCUGAACUGUCAGCAGUCCUGGCUCUAUCUGGAGCCCAUCUUCAGCUCUGAGGACAUCAACCGGCAGCUGCCUGUGGAGAGCAAGCGCUACCAGACCAUGGAGUGGAUCCGGAAGAAGAUCACGAAGAGUGCCUAUGAGAAGUGGGAGGUGAUCAACGUGUGUUCCCACCUGAGGAUGCUGGACAGACUGCGGGACUACAGCAAGAUUCUGGACCUGGUGCAGAAGGGCCUCAGCGAGUAUCUGGAGACCAAGCGGAGCGCCUUCCCCAGAUUCUACUUCCUGUCAGAUGACGAACUACUAGAGAUUUUGUCGCAGACAAAGGACCCCACAGCUGUGCAGCCACACCUGCGCAAGUGCUUCGAGAACAUCGCCCGACUGCUGUUCCAGGAGGACCUGGAGAUCACGCACAUGUACUCGGCCGAGGGGGAGGAGGUGCAGUUGUCCUUCUCCAUCUAUUCCUCCAGCAGUGUGGAGGACUGGCUGCAGGAGGUGGAGCACAGCAUGAAGGCCAGUGUGCACGACAUCAUUGAGAAGGCCAUCAGGGCCUACCCCACGAUGCCCACGACCCAGUGGGUUCUGAACUGGCCUGGCCAGGUGACUAUCGCUGGGUGCCAGACCUACUGGACCAUGGAGGUGGCAGAGGCUCUGGAGGCUGGUGACCUCAGAAGCCGGCUGUUCCCCCAGCUCUGCCAGCAGCUCGGUGAUCUGGUGGCCCUGGUGCAGGGGAAGCUGUCCUACAUGCAGCGGGCAGUGCUGUCAGUGCUAAUCAUCAUUGAGGUCCACGCCAAGGACGUGGUGAGCAAGUUAAUCCAGGAGAACGCGGUCAGUGUGAAUGACUUCGAGUGGAUCUCACAGCUGAGGUACUACUGGACAAAUAAUGACCUGUAUAUCCGUGCUGCGAAUGCUGAGUUCAUCUAUGGCUACGAGUACCUGGGCAACAGUGGGAGGUUGGUGAUCACGCCCCUCACCGAGAGGUGCUACCUGACACUGACCAGAGCUCUGCACCUCAAGUUUGGGGGUGCCCCAGCUGGCCCAGCUGGCACAGGCAAAACUGAGACCACCACAGACCUGGGCAAGGCCUUGGCCAUACAGACCAUUGUGUUCAACUGCUCUGACCAGCUCGACUUCAUGGCCAUGGGCAAGUUCUUCUAGGGCCUGGCCAGAUGAGGCUGAGUGUCAGCUGCUGGGGCCUGGACCUGCUUCGACAAGUUCAAUCGCAUCGACAUCGAGAUGCUGUCUGUGGUGGCACAGCACAUCACCACCGUCCAGAAGGUGCAGCAGCAGCGGGACAGGGGCAUCAUGUUUGAGGGUGUGGAGAUCCCACUGGUGCCAUCCUGCGCAGUGUUUAUCACCAUGAACCCAGGCUACGCUGGCCGCACGGAGCUGCCUGACAAUCUGAAGGCAAGUGCAGGCCCAGAUGUGCUCUUCCGACCUGUGGCCAUGAUGGUUCCAGAUUAUGCCAUGAUCGCUAAGAUCUCUCUCUAUUCCUUUGGCUUUAAUGAGGCCAGUGUGCUGGCUAAGAAGAUCACAACCACCUUCAAGCUGUCUUCUGAGCAGCUCAGCUCCCAGGAUCACUGUGACUUUGGGAUGAGAGCCGUGAAGACUGUGAUCUUGGCUGCUGGGAACCUCAAGUGAGAAAACCCCAGUGUGAAUGAGGAGCUGAUCUGACUCCGGGCCAUCCGUGACUUGAACGUGCCCAAGUUCCUGCAGGAGGACCUCAAGCUCUUCUCUGGGAUCGUGUCCGAUCUGUUUCCCACCAUCAAGGAGGAGGACACGGACUAUGGCAUCCUGGACGAGGCCAUCUGUGAGGCCUGCAGGAACAGCAACCUCAAGGAUGUGGAGGGCUUCCUGACCAAGUGCAUCCAGCUCUACGAGACCACGGUGGUGCGACACGGCCUCAUGCUCGUCGGGCCCACAGGCUUCGGCAAGAGUACUUGUUACAGAGUCCUGGCAGCUGCCAUGACAUCACUGAAAGGGCAGCCAUCCAUCAGUGGUGGCAUGUACGAGGCUGUCAAGUACUAUGUGCUGAAGCCCAAGUCCAUCACGAUCGGCCAGCUGUACGGGGAGUUUGACCUUCUCACCCAUGAGUGGACAGACAGGAAUUUCCUCUCACUCAUCCGGGCGGGGGCCAUCACCUCUGACACCAACAAGAAGUGGUACAUGUUCGAUGGGCCGGUGGACACCAUCUGGAUUGAGAACAUGAACACGGUGCUGGAUGACAACAAGAAUCUGUGCCUCAGCUCUGCGGAGAUCAUCAAGCUCACGGAAGUAAUGACCAUGAUGUUCGAGGUGCAAGUGGCUUCACCACUUGCACCAGCUACGGUCUCCCGCUGUGGCAUGCUGUACCUGGAACCCAGCAUCCUGGGGCUCAUACCCUUCAUUGAGUGCUGGCUGAGGAAGCUGCCCCCCUUGCUGAAGCCCUAUGAGGAGCAUUUCAAGGCCCUCUUUGUCAGCUUCCUGGAGGAAUCCAUCUUCUUCAUUCGGUCCUCAGUGAAGGAGGUGAUCGCUUCAACCAACUGCAACCUGACCAUGAACCUCCUCAAGCUGGUGGACUGCUUCUUCAAGCCCUUUCUACCUAGAGAGGGCCUAAAGAAAAUACCCUCUGAAAAGCUGAGUCACAUCAUAGAGUUGAUCGAGCCCUGGUUCUUCUUCUCCCUGAUCUGGAGUGUGGGUGCCAGUGGGGACAGCAGUGGCCGCACCAGCUUCAGCCACUGGCUAAGGCUCAAGAUGGAGAAUGAACAGCUGACUCUGCUUUUCCCAGAAGAGAGGCUGGUGUUCGAUUACAGGCUGGAGGACGCGGGCAUCAGUGGCACCAAUGACAAUGAGGAUGAAGAGGAGGAAUACAGGCAGGUUGCCUGGGUGAAGUGGAUGGACUUCUCAGCUCCAUUCACCAUGGUACCAGACACCAACUACUGUAACAUCAUUGUGCCCACCAUGGACACCGUGCAGAUGUCCCAUUUACUGGACAUGCUGCUCACCAACAAGAAGCCGGUGCUGUGCAUUGGGCCAAAAGGCACGGGGAAGACGCCCACCAUCUCUGACAAGCUCCUCAAGAACCUGGCACUGGAUUACGUCAGCCACUUCCUCACCUUCUCAGCCCGCACUUCAGCCAACCAGACCCAGGAACUCAUUGACAGCAAGCUGGACAAGAGGCGGAAGGGUGUGUUUGGACCACCUCUGGGGUGCAACUUUAUCUUCUUCAUCGAUGACCUGAACAUGUCGGCCCUGGAGACAUAACAGCCACGCAUCGAGCUGUUGUACCAGUGGAUGGACCAAGGCGGCUGGUACGACCGCAAGAUCAUUGGCACCUUCAAGAACCUAGUGGACAUCAACUUUGUCUGUGCCAUCGGUCCCCUGGGUGGAGGCAGGAACACCGUCACCCCACGGCUGAUGCAUCACUUCAACUACCUGUCUUUCGCUGAGAUGGACGAGGUCAGCAAGAAACACAUCUUCUCCACCAUCCUGGGCAACUGGAUGGACGGACUCCUUGGAGAAAAAAGCUACUGGGAGCCUGUGUCUGGGGCCCCCUACAUUGCCCACUUCAUGGAGCCCCUUAUGGAAGCCACCAUCAUGGUGUAUGCCACCAUCACCUCCCAGCUGCUGCCCACUCCAGCCAAGUCCCACUACACCUUCAACCUGAGGGACUUCUCCAAGGUCUUCCAAGGCAUGCUCAUGGCUGACCCGGCCAAGGUCGAGGACCAAGUGCAGCUGCUGCAACUGUGGUAUCACGAGAACUGCCACGUGUUCUGGGACUGACUGGUGAAUGAGAAGGACCGCAGCUGGUUCAACCAGCUCCUCAAGUGCUGCAUGGAGCAGUGGGAGGUGACCUUCAACAAGGUCUGCCCUUUCCAGCCCAUUCUUUAAGGGGACUUCAUGUCACCAGGCUCCGAUGUAAAGUCCUACGAGUUCAUCACCAGUGAGAGUAAGAUGAUGCAGGUGAUCGAGGAGUACAUAGAGGACUACAACCAGAUCAACACAGCCAAGCUGAAGCUGGUCCUCUUCAUGGACGCUAUGAGCCACAUCUGCCACAUCAGCUGCACCCUACGCCAGGUGCUGGGCAAUGCAGUCCUGCUGGGUGUGGGUGGCAGCGGCCUCAGCUCCCUCACACGGCUCGCCUCGCACAUGGCUGAGUAGGAGUGCUUCCAGAUUGAACUAUCCAAGAACUACGGCAAAUGCAUCCAAGAACUAUCCAAGAACUAA